AUGAGCAAAAGCGCCGGUCCGCGGACGGGGCGGGACGGGACGGGGCGGGGCGGGGCGGGGAGCGCGGGGGGCCUCGAGGGCGCGCGCAGCAAGCCAUACACUCGGCGGCCCAAGCCCCCGUAUUCAUACAUCGCGCUCAUAGCCAUGGCUAUCCGUGACUCAGCAGGCGGGCGCCUGACGCUGGCCGAGAUCAACGAGUACCUCAUGGGCAAGUUCCCCUUCUUCCGCGGCAGCUACACGGGCUGGCGCAACUCAGUGCGCCACAACCUCUCGCUCAACGACUGCUUCGUCAAGGUGCUGCGCGACCCCUCGCGGCCCUGGGGUAAGGACAACUACUGGAUGCUCAACCCGAACAGCGAGUAUACCUUCGCCGACGGGGUCUUCCGCCGCCGCCGCAAGCGCCUCAGCCACCGGGCGGCGGCCCCCGCACCAGGGCUUCGG